UGCACUAAGAAGUAGCUCUUUGUGGAGCUUUUCUUCCAGAUUCUGAAGUAAGGCUGCCUUCAGGUGCUGCUCGUAAAUCUACCACAUUCAACAUAGAAAAGGUUACCACAAAAAGUUAAGGUGAGGAUAGUAAAUAUAAACAACUAUAAAAAACAAAACAUUUUGAUGAAAGAAAGUCGCACGUAAAUACUGCGGAAAAGGGUAAAACACUAAAGUAAAAUUAAUUAAAUCGAUGGAACUUAUCCGCCACUGUAUUUAAAUUUGAUCAGUUUGCUUAUUUUUGGGCAAUUACAAGACAUAUCAGUGACAAAGAGUCAACAGCAGUGGCUUAAUCUUCCACAAAGUCGGAUUUCAAAUCCAACAUUUCUCCAAAAACUAAUCACUGGGCUGGUUCGUUGCUUGUCGUGAUAAUUCCGAUCCCCGUGUCUUUUCCUGAAGGCAGCGCCAGCCGCCUCCAUGUCGCUCAUCUUCAUACUAUUUUUGUCCUCCGGUCGCCGCCUUUACUGCCGUAUUGUGAACAUCUUCCAGCAGCUGGAUGCCUUGAAUUUGACACAUUUAACUGAUUAACGUUGGAUGAAACGUGUAGUUUUUACCGGCGGGAAACCGUCUCGACCACACGGACUCAACAAUUAGCUGACUUUUACAGAAAUUAGCCUCGUUAGCUGAGAUGGUUGUAAAGUAGGCGGCUGCCGCGACACGUUCAGGGUCCUUGUUUCCUGCUGGUAAUUACUUGUAACUCAGCGGCUAGUGGCUGUGAAGAUGUCGCUACACGGAAAACGGAAAGAAAUCUACAAAUACGAGGCUCCGUGGACAGUUUAUGCCAUGAACUGGGCUGUCAGACCGGACAAACGGUUCCGCCUGGCGCUCGGUAGCUUUGUGGAGGAGUACAAUAACAAGGUUCAGAUAGUCGGUCUGGAGGAGGAGAGCUCAGAGUUUGUGUGUCGAAACACUUUCGACCAUCCCUACCCCACCACCAAGAUCAUGUGGAUUCCUGACACCAAAGGAGCGUAUCCUGACCUGCUGGCCACCAGUGGAGACUAUCUGAGGAUCUGGAGGGUGUGCGAUACAGAGACCCGCCUGGAGUGUCUGCUCAACAACAACAAGAAUUCAGACUUCUGUGCACCACUCACAUCAUUUGACUGGAACGAGGUGGAUCCAAACUUGCUAGGUACUUCCAGCAUAGACACCACCUGUACGGUCUGGGGGCUGGAGACUGGACAGGCGCUGGGGAGGGUCAACUUAGUGUCGGGUCAUGUCAGGACGCAGCUCAUCGCUCAUGAUAAAGAGGUGUAUGACAUCUCUUUCAGUCGAGCAGGUGGAGGCAGGGAUAUGUUCGCCUCGGUGGGAGCAGACGGUUCGGUCCGCAUGUUUGACCUCCGUCACCUCGAACACAGCACCAUCAUCUACGAAGACCGCCAGCACCACCCGCUGCUCCGACUCUGCUGGAACAAGCAGGACCCCAACUACCUGGCUACCAUGGCGAUGGACAACAUGGAGGUGGUGAUCUUAGAUGUGCGUGUGCCCUGCACUCCAGUGGCACGACUCAACAACCACAGGGCCUGUGUCAAUGGAAUCGCCUGGGCACCACACUCGUCCUGUCACAUCUGUACAGCAGCGGACGACCACCAGGCUCUAAUCUGGGACAUCCAGCAGAUGCCGCGAGCCAUCGAGGACCCCAUACUGGCCUACACAGCCGAGGGAGAGAUCAAUAACGUCCAGUGGGCUUCCACCCAGCCUGACUGGAUCGCUAUCUGCUACAACAACUGCCUGGAAAUCCUCAGAGUCUGAGCUGCGGUCGACAGAAAUGAGCCGUAAAACAACUCAAAAACAUUCUCAGUGGGAUUUACAAGCUGACUUUGUUGAAGGAAAUUCUUUGUUUAUGAAAGACAGAACAGCUUCAACUCCCGCUGGCUUUAUCGUGACACAAGUGAUGUGUUUGAAUGUAAUAAUAAGGAUUUCACUUCUAAAAUGAGGAAAGCAACAUUUGACUUUGAGAUGCAAAAUGGCUGUAAUUAGAAAACUGCAAGAACUAAACAAAGCAACUCUCAAAUAACCAAAAGACUGUUAAAUCUUGUCAUCAACAGACACAAAACAAGUCAAUAACCCUCAUUAUUUUAGUAUGUUGUUUUACUGACAAAUAAGUCAGUCAGUUACAAGCUUUUUAUACACAAAAUAGUGCAUUUUGUUUUCUAGUGAAAGCCAUUAUGUUAUUAGCUUUUGUUCUAAUGCAGCAAAACUGCAGUUUAUCUGUAUUUAAAAGUGGAUUGAAUGUGAUUAAUGUGGAUUUAAGUCUUUAAACUGUUCUUUUAUUCAAUUCAAUAUCCAUCCAUCCAUUAUCUAUACGCUGCUUAAUCCUCGUUAUGGUCGUGGGGGAGCUGGAGUCUAUCCCAGCUAAUUUAAGACAAAAGCAGGGGACGCCUAGACAGGUCACAAGUCUAUCCCAGGACUGCACAUAGAGACAAAUAAUCACACUCACAUUCACACCUACGGACAAUUUAGAAUCACCAAUUAACCUCAGCAUGUCUUUGGACUGUGGGAGGAAGCCAAAGAAUGCAGGAAAACCCAUGCAUACACAGGGAGAACACGCAAACUCCACACAGAAAGAUCCCAGACCCAAACCCGGGAUCUUCUAGCUGUGAGGGGGCAGUUCUAGCCACCGAGCCACUGUGCAGCCCUCAAUCCAGUGUCAUUUUUGAAAUUUUAAAAAGCAUCUGUUGUGAUACUUGUGCCACACUUUAAGGUAGUUAUCUAGUAUUAUUAGACCAUAAUACAGAUUGGUGUCAUUUCUGCACCAGUAAUUUUAUUCAUGGCAAUGUUAAUUCAUUUUAUACAGAAAUAAAAAGUCCCACACAGUUUAUACUAUAACACAAAAGUUUUAUAUUUUGACAACAGUUUAAAUUAUUUCACUGAGAGGUGACUCAUUAACACAUUGAUAAUCUAUAGUACAGAUUUACAGUUAGAAAUGAUAGGUUGGAACAGUGUAUUCUUCCAGUUACUGUAACAUACUGAGGAAACACUUGCUGAAGUACGUCAUCCAUGAUCUCUGUUAAUCUCUGUUACACAGAAAAUGUAGUUCAGAUGUCAGAUCAUGAAUGCUGAGAGUUCUGUUGUGAUGCCAGGAUUGGGACUGGAGAUAAAAGACAUAUUAAUGAACAAGGGUCAUAUCUGA